AUGUUGUUUUUAAUAUCUCGCGAUACUCGUUCGACCAAUCGCUGUUUAAAGGGAGUUUUCCGCACCCAGACAAACACACCUGUGACUGUUCUGGUGAGAAGUCGCUGUUGGAGGAGUUUCUCCUCGGUUUUUACACUACAAAGAGGACAACGGGACUUUUCCUUACCCACUGACGUAGUGGCAGUUACAAGACAAAACCACGCCAAUAAGAGGGCUGUCAAACAUAAAAAGAUGGUUGCUGAAGCUCCAAAGCCUCCAGCUGCUGUUCCAUCACUGAAGCAUGCUCCUGGCAUGUACAAAGGCAAGAUUAUCCAGUCAAAAAUCACAUCCAUUUGGAAGUCAAGUAGCAGUGUAGGUGAGGCAGAUCCCAAACCAUCAGCACCCAAAACAGAGAGCCAAAAGGCUGGAAACAUGACGAAGAUGGAGUCCAAGUCUGCUGCUGACACACUAAGGAAUGGUGCACAGAAACCUGCACCUACAAGAGCUAAACUUGCAAACUGGCUGGCUUCAAAGGGCAAGACAUUCAAAAGACCUGCCAUGACAACAGCAGUCCAACAAAAAACAAAAUUUUCUACAAAACCUUCAAGUGGACCUAAACCUCAGACUCAGUCUCAUGCUGAGACUCAGUCAGUCAAACAAAACUACCCUGAACCUGAGCAUGUUCAGGAAGCAGAGAAUCCAGACCCUGCUGCUGCUCACUGUGCAGAUACUCAGAGAGCAGAGGUGACAACACACUGUCAAACACCUGCCGUCGUGAACACGACUCUGAACCUGCUGGAGGACUCUGACGAUCUGUGUGAAGGCCAGCAGGACAGAGUGGAUGAUAUUGUUGUGGACCUCUGUGAUGCUUUGGAGGCCAUGGAGAUGCCCUCCAGAUGCAAUGAUGAAGUCUUACAGGGGACAGACCUUUGUGCUGAGGUUGAGAAGGCAGACAGUGCUAAAGGCGGGAUGGAGACCACACCACCAAGGGAAGGAGCUUCUGUGGUGAAGUACAGUGUGAAGACCACGCCGUACCUGCAGAGUGUGAAGAAGAUAAUUGAAGGUGCGGCCGGGUCAAGUUCCUCCAGGAAAAAGAAUAACAUACAUGACUUGAAGUUUGUAACCCCGGUGCGUCGCUCUCUUCGUAUCCAGCGUAAAUUGUCCCGCAUGCCAACAAUAAUAAGAGGUCACGAUCCCUGUAUGUCGUCACUGGCUGAGCUGGAGAAGCUGGGAGAUGAUCCUACCGCCUACAUUUACAGAAAAAACCUCGCAAUGUUAGCAGGCCUACCAGCCUCAAGCCUGAGGAGCUGGGACACUAUAUCUUUCUAAGGUGGUUUUUACUGAUCUGUUUAAGUUAUGAUGUAUAAAUUAAUAAUUUUAAUUGUCAUUAAAAGAAUUUUAACAGA